UGCAUUGUGGGGGUGUGGCUACAGGGAUCUGUCCUUCGGCCAUCCAAUUGCCCUGUUUGUCGUCGCCCCAUAACGCUGCUGGUACCUUCUGAAGUUGCUUCCCUGCUGCGUGAUGAGCCAGAAAUCGCUCCUGUCAUGAACCGAAUUCAGCAGUACAAUGGCCGUUUUGCUGGAGUACCUCACAGUAUGAUACAGUGGUUGCUGGACCAGCCCUUUUACAUGAGGAGGAUGCUGGCAGAAUUCAGAGACACACGCCAAGAACCUCCCUCCCCCUUCAAAAUCCAAGUCGCAUUGGCAGCAACCCUCGCUCUGGUGUACCUCGCGAGCCCUAUUGACCUUUUCCCUGAAGCUUUCCUGGGGUGCCGUGGUCUGCUGGACGACAUCCUAGUGCUCAUCGUCGCGUACGCCUUCAUCUGCGCCGCCUACCGGGAUAUCCUCGUUGCCCGACACGCCGUGUGAACUGGUUGGUCGGUAUGAUGCCAGCAGUUACUGACUGACGGAUAGACGGAACUGAACUUGGUGAAGGCAACAUAGUGAGUGAUGUAUACAGCACAUAUACUUUGACUUUGGGUGGUAAUCUCGUUCUGGUAGAUACGUACGCACGACCCGUUGGGCUCAAGCUAUAUUGGUGGGUUAGGGUCUUGGGUUCGAGAUUCAUAUGCCAUGCUCGUGCCUGAAUGCUCAAAUGAUAGGUCGGGAGAUAUAUAGUUAGAUCUCUUUGACAGUAUGCGUGUUUCGUGAAUGACUUGU